GAAAAAGCCCGGGCUAGGGCCGAGGAGCAGGGUGUGGGAGGGGGUGGGAAGGGUGGGAGGGGUGGGGGGUAACGGGGGAAACUGGGGAAGCGGGGAACCGAGGGGCAACCAGGGAAGAUGGGGCGCUGGAGGAGAGUGUGUGGGAGCCAAGGAGCACCUUGGACAUCUGGAGUCUGGCAGGAGUGAUGGGUGGAAGGCUAGCUCGGGGGAGGGCUGGUGGGUCCUGGAGAUAGGGCAACAUCGGCUGGGGGCGAUGGGUCCGAGCUAGCGCUGGAGAGAAGGGGGAGCCAGACAUUCAUCCCGGUCACUUUUGGUUUUCAGGACGUGGCAGCUGGUUGGACGAGGGAAACUGGUGGGCAGGGUUUGAUCCCAGGGCCUGGGCAGCGGAGGCGUAGCUGGCAGCAGCAGGCAGGUGAGAGCCCUAUCUGCCGGGCAGGUGAGUCCCUUCCCCUCCCCGGACCUCGUGUCCCCGACCUUCUGAAAGAAGGAGGUUUAGGGGAUCGAGGGCCAACGAGGAGAAGUAGAUGCCCGCCCGGCAGAGGGGCAGAAUGGGGGCAGGAGAGUUAGCAAAGGUGACAUCUUCUCGGGGGGAGCCGAGACUGCAGAAGGCUGGGGGGCUGUGAGCCCAUCCCAGGCAGAAAGAGCAUGAGGGCAGGGAGGGAGCACAGAGGCAGCCAGCGAGGAGUCCAGCAGGUGGGGUGGCACCCCAGCCCGGGGUCGGACAGGAAUGAAGUAGGGGACACAGGACAGAGGGGUCCCCAGCUGCCGCACUCACCCACUGUAAUUCAUUUAGUAGAUGGCACAGGGGCAGCUCCGGCAGGGCCUUCUCAGGCCAAUGCUGGAGCCUCGAGGGCUGGAGAGAGAGCAAGAAGGCAGGCAGUGCUCGGGGAGCCGCAGCAGGAUGUCACCAAGAGGGCGAAGCGGCCGUGGGAGGGGGUCCCGGGACAUUUCGCAGCAAGGAGGCUGCAGGGGCCCCGCCCGGGGGCGCCGUUCCCACGAGGCACUGCGGCCCAGGGUCUGGUGCGGAGAGGGCCCACAGUGGACUUGGUGACACUGUAUGCCCUCACCGCCCAGCCCCUGGGACUGGCUUGACAGACAGUUCAGCAUCCAGGGGAGUCAAGGGCAUGGGGCGAGACCAGACUAGGCGAGGCGGGCGGGGGGGAGUGAAUGAGUCUUCUCAGGAGGGAGGCGGGCACAGGCAGGGUGAGGAGCACAGUGGGCGGCGAUCGUGGGGCACUGGCCUCCAGAGCCCGUGGCCAAGGCGGGCCUCGCGGGCGGCGAUGGAGCAGGGAUCGGUGCCUCGGCGUUCGGGCUGGAGACAAGGCCAGGUCUCCAGCUGGGGUGGAUGAGCCCACCAGCCGCCGAAGGCCAGGACGCCAGGUCCGGCGGACGUGCGGAGAGGGACAUGACAUGGUCCGGAGUGACGGCGAGGACAGAGGAGGCGCGUCCGGCCUUCCUGAACAUCUUUGGCUGGUGGAGCAGGCUGCGGCAAGAAGCGGGUCUCUUCCUUGACUUCCCUGACGGGGUCGGCACACUACUGCUGGUCUUUGGACUCCCAGAACCCACACAAUGCAAGAAAUGGUGCUACCCAGCUCACGCCUGGGCCUUUGAAUCCAGAAACGUCUGCAUGUACCUCUCACUGAUAACAGGAAUACUGCACUUUAAACCACUGCACACCCUCACUCAGGAAUCGGCCCUGGAAGGUGAAGCUGAAGGAACGAGACCUCAUCGACCCAACACCAAAGACGCCAUGGGAACAGCGGCGCCCGCAGCACCCACCCCCCACCAGCGACUCCAUCUUCGUGGCCACGCCCUGCCGUGGACGGUUGACCACCAGCCACCACGUCAUCCCAGCGCUGAGCUCCUCCAGCGGGAUGACCCCGUCCCACCACCUCCCUCUUCUUUUUCUUCAUCCUUCUGUCUCUUUGCUUCUGACCUUUCCUGUCUUUCUUCCUGGGAGACUCGAAGCCUCCACAGCUCUGUCCCCCGCCCCUUCUGAAUUCAUUUGCACUAAGUCGUUUGCACUGGUUGGAGCUGUGUAGACGGCCUUGAGUCUCCGUGCGAGUGUGUGUGAGUGAGAGCCACCUUGGCGAGCGCCCGCCUGGGGCCCGGCCGCCCUCCAACUGGGCCGGGUAACUGGGUGCGGGUCGUGUGCGUGAGGCCUCGCCCACCCUCGCCUAGUCUGGAGGCUCCCGCGACAAGGAGCAACCUUGAAGCAUUCCAUUACGCCCCAUCUCGCUCUGUGCCCCUCCCCACCAGGGCUUCAGCAGGAGCCCUGGACUCAUCAUCAAUAAACUCUGUUACA